GCCUGUCUGGCCCCACAGGUCCGCUGCCACAUGCUCUCCUCUGUCUCUCAGCUGUUGUCCCCCGACUCCCCACCUGGCAACCCAACAUGAUGCCCUCUGCUCUGGUGUUGGCAUCAAAAUCAAUAUUUAUUUGAGACGCAUCGCAAUAUUUGACCGAGAAUACUCCUACCAUUUUUUCUUAUAAUACCCUCUCACCUUAUCAUUCCGAGCACCGCAUUCGUGACACCACCAUGGAUUCCCCAAUUCAAUCCCGCCCUCCUCGUCCUCAAUCUCAACCCCAGUCUCACCCUCAAGACGGUCAAUCAAAUCAACGGGCUGCCGACCGCUAUGAAACCAACCCAUUGGCGAGGAGCCCUCCUGGCCCUCGAGUUUCCGAUCUCACCAUCGACCGCUAUGAGUCCAAUCCCGAACCCGUAACCUCCAAUUCCCGCAGGCCAUUGUACAACGACCGGUCCGACCCUCCUCCCCGCUCCUCGACCCUCCCCUACCGGCCCCGCCCCGACGCCCCAGAAACCACCUCCGCUCCGGCCCGGACUCACCGCGCCUCAGAACCCCCUCCCGCCUCCUACUCACACCCACCGCCCCCCGCAGCACCAACCCAGGGACCCCAUUACACCACCACCUCCCCAACCCUGUAUCACAACCCCUUCCAAACGGACCUCUCCCGCGUCUCCCCGCGACCCAUGUCCGGCCCCGACCCCAAGUUUGAAUCCAUCGGUCCCACCCAGCCCAUCUACCCAGCCCCAACCACCAACUACCUACCCCCCACCACCAACCACCUCCCCACCCACAACAGCUACAGCGGCCAUGCCCCCACGACAGCAACAGCGCCACCACCACCUCCAGCAGGACCUCCCCUAGCCAACGCCACCACCAAUGCCCUCCAGAACCCACAAGCAAGCAGCAACCCGCCCACGCUGCGCUCGACGCUGGACACGGCCGAGACCGCCCUGCGUGAGCUGCUCGCUGUGCGCCGCCAGCAGGCCAUGUUGGCCACAGUCGGUGGUGGUGGUGGUGGUGGGACGGGGCUUGGGAUUAACGGGGUUGGUGGUAGUACUGGUGGUGGUGUGAACGGGGCUGGGGUGGGGGUGAUGGGUGUGAAUGGGGUUGGGAUGAUGGGAGUGAAUGGGUAUGGGAAAGUGGACCAGGCGGCCGAGGUGGAGGGUCGGCGGCGGAUGCAGACGGGGUUGGUGUUGAUGGGGUUGAGGGGCUUGCAGGCGAGGGUGGAGGCCGUGGUGGGGAAGGCGGAGGGGGAGAGGUGGCGGCGGUUUGCGGUUGGGGGGGUGGUUGCCUCCUUCCUUCCCCUCGUCAAGCGGCUCUUCCGCCGCCGCAGGGGGAACGAGGACGCGGACGAGUCCUCCAACCGGACCGAGUACGCCUUCAAGAAGAGCAAGAGCCUCGUCUCGCGGAUCCUGGCCGCGACCCACCGCCCGGGGCUGGGCACCAUCGCAUUCUUUGUGUUUGCCGUGUUGUAUGUCUUCCAGAACGAGGUCUCCUUGCGCGUGGCCAAGACCGUGUCGAAGCGGCUGAACCGCCUCAUGGCCAAGGUCGAGCACGGCCAUGAGGAGCUUAGCGAGGACGAUGUCAAGAUGCUGAAGGGCUGGAGGUGGCGGGUCUUGCUUUGGAGCGAGUGAUGAUGCGGGUGCGAUAUAUAUGAGGACACGAAGCACGAAAUCAUGAAUAACUAGGUAGAACGGCGUUGAGGAUGGCAUUGCACUAAAGGGCCAGCUUUCCAAAGAACUUGAUGUGAUUCAGUGAUUGAAUGGCUGUUUGUGACGCUGUCUAAUCGAAUCAUUCCUGGAUAGCGCUCCGCAAAUCGGACAAC